AAACCCCUAUCUUAAUCAGCGUCUCUUCGACUUCGGUUUUAACCAAUCCCUAAUCCCUCUUUUCUCUUUCCCUCUUCCACUUUUCCUCUAUUUCUUCUUCAACCCAAAAAGAGAAGUUGAAUUCAAAAACAAAGGUCACUCUCAAAGUGAAAGGAAACGAAAUGAUUGAAGAACGCCAAGGUGGAGCUCCCCACGCCAUUCUCCUGGCCGUGGUUGUUGCCAUCGUCAUUGUAGUCCCUUUCCUACUCGGCGACCAAGGCGAGGCUCUCACCGACGCCAUUUCCGACCUCCUAAGUCCCUUCGGUCUCCUCCUCCUCCCCAUCCUCCUCCUUCUCACCAUCCAGUUCCUCUCCUCCGAUCGCGGCUCCUUCGUCUCCGCCAUCUUCUCCUCCGGCGAACCUGACUCCAUCCACCGCGUCACUGGAUCCCCCGUCGGCGUUGCUCUCUUCCUCGUUCUCAUUCUCUUUCUCCUCUAUAAUCGGAUUUCCAUCUUCGGUGGCGACGAUGAUUCCGGCGACUGAAAUUUGUUUGUUACUUACUUACUUACUUACUUAGAUCUGUCUUUUCUUGCCAUUUGUUCUUCUUCCUUGAGUUUUUUUUUUUUUCUGUGUAUUGUUGUGUAAAGCUUUGCUUGAUGAACCAAAGAGGAGUGAGUUGUAAUUGACAUGUAUGCCCCUGAGAGACGGAGCAUUUUCAUUGGUGCAAUGAAGUAUUUGAAAUGUCGAAA